AUGUCUGAGCCUGCAGCGGAGGGUACAUCCGUCCCCAUCACCAAGAGUGCCGAGAAGAAACUCGCGAAGAAGAAGGAGAAUGAGGCCCGCCUCGCACUGAAGGCGGCCAAGGCUGCAAAGGCCGCGGCGACCGCCCCUGCUGGCGAGAAGAAGGCGAAGAAGGAGAAAGGGAAGGAGGAGGAGGCCCCGUUCGUGAACAGCACUCCGAAGGGCGAGAAGAAGGACCUCUCGGAGCCCAUGGCUGCCGGUUACAACCCGAUCGCCGUCGAGGCGGCGUGGUAUGACUGGUGGGACGCGCAGGGCUACUUCGCGCCUCAACUCACGGAGGACGGCCAGGUCAAGCCUGAAGGCCUCUUCGUCAUUCCCUCCCCUCCCCCAAAUGUCACCGGCAGCUUGCAUAUCGGACACGCGUUGACUGUGGCCAUCCAGGACUGUUUAGUACGAUGGAAUCGCAUGUUGGGCAAGACGACUCUCUUUGUGCCAGGAUUCGACCACGCGGGCAUCUCCACGCAAUCCGUGGUAGAGAAGCGGCUAUAUAAGACGGGCGUGACACGACACGACCUCGGACGGGAGAAGUUCGUUGAGAAGGUCUGGGAAUGGAAAGAAGAUUACCAGGGGAGGAUCACUAACCAACUGCGGAGGCUUGGAGGGAGCUACGACUGGGAACGCGUCGCAUUCACCAUGGACGAGAACCUUUCAAAAGCUGUCGCGGAGACCUUCUGCCGUCUCCACGAGGACGGCGUCCUGUACCGCGCCAACCGUCUUGUCAACUGGUGUGUACAGCUGAACACCACGCUAUCCAACCUGGAGGUCGAUCAAAAGCAGCUAGAUGGGCGUACGAUGCUAAACGUGCCCGGAUACGACCUGAAGGAGAAGUUCGAGUUCGGCGCUAUCACCUCCUUCGUGUACCCCAUCGACGGGUCCGACGAGAAGAUCAUCGUUGCGACUACUCGUCCGGAGACCAUGCUCGGCGAUACCGCCAUUGCCGUUCAUCCCCAAGAUCCCCGCUAUAAGCACCUUCACGGCAAGUUCGCGAAGCACCCGUUCGUCGACCGCCUCAUCCCGAUCAUCACGGACGACAUCAUCGUCGACAUGGAGUUCGGGACGGGUGCCGUGAAGAUCACGCCCGCGCACGACACGAACGAUUACGAGGUCGGCAUGCGGCACAAGCUCGAGUUCAUCAACAUCCUGAACGACGACGGCACGUUCAACGAGAACGCGGGCGAGAAAUUCAAGGGCAUGAAGCGUUUCCACGCGCGUGUGGCCGUCGUGCAGGCGCUGAAGGAUCUCGGACUUUACGUUGAGACGAAGGACAACCCGAUGCAGAUUCCCGUCUGCAGCAAGUCGGGCGAUAUCAUCGAGCCCAUCUUGAAGCCUCAGUGGUGGGUCAACUGCCAGCCCCUCGCGGAUGAAGUCUUGAAGCGCACCCGCGAAGGCGAGCUGCUCAUCACGCCGAAGCCAUCAGAGACCGAGUGGUACCGCUGGCUGGAGAACCUCCAGGACUGGUGCAUCUCCCGCCAGCUGUGGUGGGGUCAUCGGUGUCCGGCCUACUUCGUCAACGUGGAGGGUGCUGAUCAGGAUCGCAACGACGGGAAGCACUGGGUCGUUGGCCGAACGCUGGAAGAGGCCACCGAGCGCGCGACGAAACUCGCUGCUGGGAAGAAGUUCACGCUCGAGCAGGAUGAGGACGUUCUCGACACGUGGUUCUCCUCGGGCCUGUGGCCGAUGUCGAUCAUGGGCUGGCCCGAACAGACCCCAGACUACAAGAUGUUCUACCCCGCCUCACUGCUCGAGACCGGCUGGGACAUCCUCUUCUUCUGGGUCGCGCGUAUGGCGCUGCUCGGUGUGAAGCUCACAGGCAAGAUGCCGUUCCCCGAGGUGCUCUGCCACGCGAUGAUCCGCGACGCACACGGCCGCAAGAUGAGCAAGUCGCUCGGGAACGUCAUCGACCCGAUCGACGUGAUCCAGGGCCUGGACCUCGAGGCGCUGCACGCGAAGCUGUACGAGGGCAACCUGGACGAGCGCGAGAUCCAGAAGGCGAAGAACGGCCAGAAGAAGGACUUCCCGAAGGGCAUCCCGCAGUGCGGUACCGAUGCGUUGCGAUUCGCGUUGUGCGCGUAUUCCGGUGGAGGUCGCGAUAUCAAUCUGGAGAUCCUGCGGGUAGAGGGUUACCGCAAGUUCUGCAACAAGAUCUUCAACGCGACGAAGUUCGCCAUGCUCAAGCUGGACGAGACGUUCGUUCCCGAGCCCUCUGCAAAGCCUACUGGCAAGGAGAGCUUGGUUGAGAAGUGGAUCCUGCACAAGCUCAACUCUGCCGCGGAGGAGAUCAACAAGCAGCUUGCAGAGCGCAACUUUAUGGCGGCGACGGGCGCUGCGUACAACUUCUGGCUGUACGAGCUCUGCGACGUUUACAUUGAAGCGAUGAAGCCCAUGACGGACGAGUCCGCGUCGGAGACGACACGUCGCUCAUCUCAGGAGACACUCUACACCUGCUUGGACCACGGCCUCCGUCUCCUACACCCCUUCAUGCCGUUCGUCACCGAGGAGCUCUGGCAGCGUCUCCCUCGUCGCCCGAACGACUCCACGCCGUCGAUCAUGCUCUCCAAGUACCCCAUCUUCGACAAGUCAUUCCAAUUCUCCGAUGCGGAACGCGAGUUCGAUGUCGUCUUCGCUGCAAUCAAACAGUCUCGCGGUCUCGCUGCUUCGUACAACAUCCAGCAGAACCUGCACGUGUACAUCCGCGCGGAGAAGGACGCGGAGGCCGAGCUGUUCCAGUCGCAGGUGCCGACCUUCCUGGCGCUCACGAAGAACUGCAAGACCGUCGAGGUCGUGCGCGACAUCGCCGGUGUGCCCUCGGGCUGCGGCUCGGAAGUGCUCACCCCGACGACCUUCGUUCACGUCCUCGUGCGAGGUCAGGUCGACAUCGACAGCGAGAUUCUCAAGUCGGAGAAGAAGCUUGCGCUCGCGAAAAUGAACUUGACCAAGAUCGUGAAGAUCGAGUCGCAGGAGGAUUAUGAGUCGACCGUUCCUUCUACCGUCAGACUGGCGAACGAAGAGAAGAGGAAAACGCUCGAGGCGGACAUCCAGCUCCUGGAACAUUCUAUCGAGAUGUUCACGCAGAUGAAGUAA